GCAGAACUUUCUUGCGCGAGCGUACAGCAGGUCUCCGCUGAGCAAUGUGAUAUUGAAAACUUGUGUAACCCCCGCACGCCUGCUGUUUCAACUGCAGUUUAGCAGCCCUGUAACAUGUUUUGAUUGCUUGAAAGGAAAUUACGCAGUUUUAGACAUCGAAAAACAGUACAAUUGAACCUGUGUAGAGUGACAUAAAGAGCGAGAAUGAUGAAGAUCAGUCCUCAUUCACUGUUUCUCUUCGGUCCUUAACAGACAGUCUGGAAUCUUAGCUUUGACGUGUAAGAAGACAUCACGACGGCCAUAGAAGAGAUAAAAAGGAGGGAGUUAAGCUCUUCCUCUGUACAAGCUUCAUCAUCCUCCUCUUCAUCCGCAAUGGAGCUCGCCCUGCAGUAAGAGUGUGAUAAAGAGAGAUGCAGGAGAAAAAGGACCCUCAGCCCAAAUCGGCCAGUAGCCUGGGAAAGGCUCAUCCUGCCCUGAAGGCCUUCAUGUGCGGCUCUCUCAGUGGCACCUGCUCCACCCUGCUGUUCCAGCCGUUGGAUCUGGUGAAGACCAGACUGCAGACCCUGCAGAACCUGCACCCGGGCGCUCCUAAAGUGGGGAUGAUUACAGUGUUUUUAAACGUGAUCCGCACAGAGAAGCUGUUUGGCCUGUGGAAGGGGGUUUCACCGUCGUUCAUGCGCUGUAUCCCUGGUGUAGGGAUCUACUUCAGCACAUUUUACUCACUGAAGCAGUAUUACUUCGAGGAUGGGUCUCCGAGCGCUGGGGAGGCGGUGUUGCUCGGGGGAGGGGCUCGUUGUGUGGCAGGCGUGGCCAUGCUGCCCAUCACAGUCAUUAAGACUCGCUUUGAGAGUGGGCGGUACAAUUACGUGAGCGUAGCUGGAGCUCUUAAAAGUGUGUGUCAGAACGAAGGUCCCAGGGCUCUUUACUCCGGGCUCACGGCGACUCUGCUCAGAGAUGCCCCGUUCUCUGGCAUCUAUGUCAUGUUCUAUAGCCAGGCCAAAAAGGCUUUACCACAGGAGAUCAGCUCAUCAUCAUUUGUCCCGCUGGUUAAUUUUGGCUGUGGUGUGGUGGCUGGUAUUUUGGCCUCUCUGGCCACUCAGCCAGCGGAUGUGAUUAAAACCCACAUGCAAGUCAGCCCCGCAUUGUAUCGCAAGACCAGCGAUGCUGUACGCCACGUUUAUGCGAAGCAUGGCUUGGGCGGGUUCUUUCGGGGGGCGGUUCCUCGUUCUCUGAGGAGAACCCUGAUGGCUGCCAUGGCCUGGACUGUGUACGAGCAGCUGAUGGCACACAUGGGCCUGAAGUCCUAAAGACACCUGACGCACUUUUUUUUGUAGACUUUUCAAACACUGGCAAAAGAGGUCGUUCUGUCAUCCUCGAAGAGUUGAUCAAAUUGAAAGCAGCUAGUGUUGGCUGAGGUACCGGUAAUAGAAGGGUUGUGUGUAUGUGUAUGUGUUUGUGUUUUAAGUGUAGUGUGUCUUUACCCCAUGACACCUCUGACAGUGACAUUCCUAAAUUGCCACAUUGUGAGUUUGUCUGCCUUGUUGAUGCCUGUGCACUGAAGAAUACCAAUGACUGCAAAAUCACAAGAAAUCACUCCUCACGAGAAAAUAAAUCCUCCUCACUAAGCCUAGGCCACUUUUAGUCGAGGAUGAGGCAAGCGGGUGUCCGAGACGUGUUGACCAAAUGUUUCAGCGCUCCGACAAUCAGACCGAAUUACUCUAGAGCAACUGAGAAACUGAACUGACAACACAUGACCGUCUCCUCAACAGACUCCGUUCCGAUUAAUAAUUGCACGUCUAUAUGCGAUGAUUUGUGCUGUUCUACUGAUCUCCUGUGUUAUAUGACUGGAUGGAUUUAUCAGUGCAUUUCAGUACACUGGGUCCUUUAUUUUCUUGUACACUCACUGCUGGGCACAGACAAAGCUAGGAUUUGGAUUGAAUGAGACUUAAGAUUUAGACCUGGAGAAAUACUUAAUAUUUAAGAUGGAAACAAGGAUAGUUCCUGAGAAAAUGAUAUUUGAAGUGGGAAGGCAGUGAGAAAUGAUCAUACUUAAUUUAUUGUGUUUGCAAAUGUGUUGUCGGACGAUUUUAAUUGACGUUUUGUUGUAUUGAGGUAUUGUGUAAUAACUGCUGUAAGAUGCCAUAGUAUCAUCAGUGUGAACACAACUUAUAAUGUUAAUUCCACAUGAUCCUUUGGGUGAAUUUUAGGAAAUCUGCCACAAACAUGUCUAGGUUGUUGUUCACCCUUAACAAAAGGGAGAAGCAAUAAAAAGUUUAAAGAAAAUGAAGCUUGUUAGAACUAUUAGGAUUUUUUGUUGGUACUGUGACAUUAUUUUCAUUGCAAUUUGGCACAUUUUCUUCCCAAAUUAUCACUUAUGUGAUUUUUUUUUUAAACAAUAUCUAUUAAAUUAUAUUACUGUAUAUUCUUAUUUUGUACACCAUGGUGGUCAUUGUUGUACUGCCGUUUUUUUUUUUUUUUAAUCCUCCAAAUUUUAAAUAAUCAAAUUACAGUACUUUUCGAUUUUUUUAUUUUUAUUUAUUUUUUUUUAGAAAUUUUAACAUGCAGGGAUGCAUUACAAUAGUGAGAUUUGGGGGAAAUGGGCUUAAUUGUCAUGUAAAUAAUGUAACAAGGCAAAAAUCUGUACGUAUUUAAAUAAAUUUAAAUUUCUUUAAGAUAAAUAUAUCAUAAUUUUUUCCUUAAACUUUUGGGGGUAAACAUCACCUGGACACAUUUUCUUAAAAUUUACCUCACACGCGUAUGGGUUUCUCAUUCUUUCCAACGUUCUGUCUUGGUGAUGGUGGUACUACUUUGUCACUUGUCAUUUAAUGUACUUUGAGGGUUCAAGUUUGACCAUUUAAAUUCAGGAAUUUGAUGUACUUAAUCAUAAUUUCAUGUAGUUGGCUGAAUUCAAUUCCGUUAACUAAUUGUUUUGAAUUGUCUUGAUUGGCUUCUGCCUUACAAAGCAAGCUUAUUUACUGCAGAAUGCAUUAUGUGAAGUUUGAAGACUCAUACACUAGUUUUAUAUCAGAUAAGAGGGUUUAUAAGUUUUGAUUAUACGUGCAUAGUUUGAUACAUUCAGUAAAGUUGGCUCCAUUCCCCAAACUGAAUCGUGUUGCUAUGUAAGCCAUUGUGCUUUCUGCUGUGCUGUGGAUCCUUCACACAAUCAGUAUUGUCUUUUCAGCAUUAGUGUUGAUAUUUUGUCUUUGUGUGAAAAUUUUUACACAUGCAAAUGUCGUGCCUAUGUUAAUAUGUGAAUAAAUCUACCCUCUUUUAUAAA